AUGGCCCCUAACCUGAGCUCGGUGCUGGUUAGCCUCACCCUGGCCGCAGUGCUCGGGAUGACCUCUCUAGGGGGCUGGAGUCAGAGGUCCAGAGGGGCACUGGCACAGGCCAUGCCCAAUAAUCAAACUGAGAGCUCUCAGCGGCUCACAGACGCAGCCCUGCCCACCCCCACAGCGGACACUGAGGAGCAGACGGCCCCCACCAGCACCAACCGCUGCUGGGGCUAUUACGACGUGAUGGGCCAGUGGGACCCUCCGUUCAACUGUAACGCAGGCAUCUACAGCUUCUGUUGUGGCUCCUGCUUCUACCGCUUCUGCUGCCAGUUCAAAGUGCACAGCCUGGACCAGACGUCCUGCUCCAACUAUGACACCCCAGUGUGGGCUAACACGGGCCGCCCCGCGCCCCCGGUCACAGAGGUGCAGGAGGAGCCCUACCGUGACCGCACACACAUGAUCGUCUACAUCAUCUGCGGAGUGGUGGCCAUCAUGGUCCUGGUGGGAAUAUUCACCAAGCUGGGCCUGGAGAAGAGCCAGGGAGGCCAGACGGACAUGACCAACUCCAGGACUCUGACGGAGUUGCUCAAGCAGCCAGGAGAGGCGGGGGUUUUGGACGGAGGAGGCGUCCAUCAUCCUAUAGGGACCAACGGCAUCUCUGCACGGGCCCUGCGCUCAAACACUGAGCACAACCACUUGAACAAUGCGUCUCUGUCUCCCAUGGGCCCGGCCAUGGCCUUGUCUCACCCCCACAACAACCUGGGAAUGGGCUUCAAUAAGUACACGUCCCUCAAAGCUCUGGAUACAACUACAAGAGACUACUACAAAAGCUACCCAAUGCUGGAGUACGCACACCGCCAGUCCCCGCCCACUUUCCAGCCAAUCAACUUCCACCCCAAGGACAAGCCCUUCCUGCCUCCCCCUGACAUCCACGCCCCCCUCGCCAUCACCAUCAAUGCCUCACAGAUCCCCAAGCCCAAGAUCUCCAAGACCAACACCCACCCACUCACCACCAGCUCUGCGUUCAAAGCCUGGGACCCCAGCAAGACUCAUAUUCAGCACAGCCACAUGGGGGCGCUGCAUCACCCCAUGCCUCAGCAGCACCAGGCCAUGCACCCACACAACAGACGUCAGAUUUACUCCAACAAAAGGCAGUUCAGCAUCGAGACCCUCCCUGAGCUCUUCUCACAGCCGCUGGGGUAUGGUCACUCACCGCUCAUGCACCCCAAGCACAAAGGACUGCCCACCAACAGUAAGACGGAGGUCACUGUGUAA